UUUGGUCUCGAAGAGGAAACCGGAUCCAAUGUGAGACAUUAGUGGUGCGAAGCAGGUUAGAAGAUUUGGGACUGUAUUAUAUGUUUAUAUAACUUAACGGGCCUGAUUGUCUUUAGCUGUCAAGCAAAUAUGGUGGGGCGAGAAAAGGAGCUCAAAAUACACUUUGUUCCGGGACACGUGCAACUUUUACAGGACGAUGCCUCCAUCCCUGAAAAACGUGUCCUUGUCACUGGGGCUACAGGGCUUCUGGGCCGGGCAGUUUUCAAAGAGUUUAAGCUGUAUGACUGGAAUGCGGUGGGCUGCAGGUACAACAGAGCAAGACCUGACUUUGUACGAGUUAACCUUUUAGAUUUUGCAGCAGUUCGGAAACUCCUGCAAGAUUUCAAGCCACACGUGAUCAUACAUUGUGCAGCAGAAAGACGGCCUGAUGUUGUAGAAAAUGAGUUUGAGGCUGCAACACAGCUUAACGUAGCUGCAUCGGGGAAUCUGGCAAAGGAGGCUGGAAUGGUUGGUGCCUUCCUGAUCUACAUUAGUACCGACUAUGUGUUUGAUGGCAGGAAACCACCAUACCGUGAGGAUGAUAGUCCAAACCCUUUGAAUCUCUAUGGGAAAACAAAGUUGGAUGGAGAGAGAGCAGUUCUACAGAACAACCAAACGGCAACAGUUCUGAGGGUCCCAGUACUAUAUGGAGACGUUGAAAAGUUGGAGGAGAGUGCCGUUACAAUCAUGUUUGAGAAGGUGCAGUUCAGCAACAAGUCUGCGAACUUCGACCACUGGCAGCAGAGGUUCCCUACUCAUGUCAUGGAUGUGGCAGCCGUUUGUCGACAGCUAGCAGAGAGGAGGAUGCAGGAUCCUUCCAUAAAAGGGAUAUUUCAUUGGUCUGGCAAUGAACAAAUGACAAAGUUCGAGAUGGCAUGUGCCAUGGCUGAUGCAUUUAAUCUUCCUAGUAGCCAUCUGAGAUCGAUAACUGAUAGUCCGGUAAUGGGAGCACCUCGUCCACAGAAUGCACAACUUGACUGUUCCCGACUGGAAAAACUAGGAAUUGGCCAGAGAACACCCUUCCUUAUUGGGAUUAAACAGUGUCUCUGGCCAUUUCUCAUUGAUAAACGUUGGAGGCAGACAGUUUUCCAUUAAGUGAAACUUCUGAAAACGAGUACUGCUUGUGGGGCCUUCUUCCAGGAAGGAAGACAUUUGGUAGACAAGGCAAAGACAGUAACUAGAAAGGAAUUGAACAAUUGAGAUUCUGUUUUCUGUUGCAUACCUUUUCUUAAGGCUAGAUUAACAGAAAAUGAUAAGGCUGAAAAGUGGUCCAUGGUGAUGGAGAGACAUUUUUUUCCCAAAUAGAUUUUUUUCUUUUAACUGAAGAAUUCCAACACAGCAAAGUUUGUCAAGCAUUUUAAGUAAUGUUGCAGAAGAAACUAUACAAAAAUAUUUCAACAUUUUAAAGAUUUCAGGUAUCCGGUUGUAUUUUAGUUAGAGAUUUUCAGAAAAUGUUAAUUUUUUUCAGUAUUUUUCAAAACGUGGCCACUGCGAUUUGCAUGGAAGUAGCAUUACAAACAUGGCAAAUUUCAGGACUGAAAGAAGUUCACAGGGUAUUAUGUAAGGUAAACUGAGAUUCUUCAUAAAUGAAUAGAUCCAAACCUUUUACUGUUCUUUUCUGUAUGCUCAACACACAGCCUUUAAAAAUGAGGGUAUUAUUUGCUUACCAUGGUAAAAAUGGGGUAACAUGGGAAAGUACAGAUCAUCGUUUCAUCAGCAUACGUCUUCUUCCCAUAGUAUAAUACAAAUCUGAACAAAUGACUGUUUUGAAUUCUGUGGCAGCAAGAGUAUUGUUUUGCAGUACUAUGUUUAUUAGAACUCUCUCUCUUUUCAUCAUAUCAUCAGGUAAUAGAACAGGUAGUUUAUGUAGGUACUGUAAGAAAAAAAAUGUUAUGUACAGAAGUAAAAAGCCAGGGCAUUUGAAGUCCGAGAGUAAUAGAUAAUGGGAUAUAAGGAGAGUUUUUAUUAACCUGCUUUCAUACUGACUUGUAUUAGUGGCUAGAAUGUUCAGAAGUUGCAACCUUGAGUUUAGUUUCACUCUGAAUACUUUCAGAAGUAAUUCCUGCAGAGUUAAUAUUUUGCUUUACAAUAUUGCAUAUUAGCCUUCAUUUAGAGGGUGUUUGAUGCGCAUUGUUUUGUUUAGUUUCAGUAACUAUGUGUACAUGCUUUUCAGAUGUAUUAGGCUCCAAAGAUUUUGCAGGAUAGUUCUUUGGUUUCUCUGCAGUCAUGUUGUUGCAGUCUGUUUUAAAAAGUUAUUUUACUGAAGAAAAAUCUUUAAAUUCAAAAUGCUUAAUUGUUGAAAUGAUCAAAAUUUUAGUACUUAAAUAAGAGCAUUUCACUAUAUUUUUUUAUUGUUAAUGAUGCGAGUUCUAGAGUAUCAUUUAAUUUCUGCACUAUUUGUUGCAGUGCAAAACUGAGCAUGUGAUUUACUAUACUGUCAGCAGUGUUUGUGAAAGUAAUGUUCAUACCAUGAGCUGUACGUCUCUGUAGUAUGUAAAGUGUUAUUUUUCAGUGCCUGGUAAGACCAUGCCAAAUAAUGUCACUAGAAGAAAAAGAAAUGGACAAAAAAGGUAACUGUCUUGAUGGAAAUGUUGAAUGUUUUUUUUUUUGUUCCUGUGGUACAUCUCGGUGAAUUGAAUUCUGCGUUUAGUGUACUAGGCUUGUUUAACAUUUCCUUUUUGUGAAUACAUUUGUUUCAUCAGCAGUUUCAUAGUCUAAAAUGACUGCACUUAAAUUUCUCCGAAAGUGAAUGUGUUUUAUUGUGAAAGAACAUGUUUGUGCUGCUGCUGCUGCUGUAUUUGCUCAGAAAUAAAUAAAAAAAAACUUUAAAAUUAUGGACAGACUGUGGUAACGAAAUAUUGCAUCUGGUUACGGAUUGUUUUUUUCCAGAGAUGAUACAUGAUUGUCACCAAGUAUCUUUGAUUUGUAAAGUUGGUGGACUGCAAGGAAAAGCAUCCAAGUCACAUUCUCAAGCUGUAGUACAUGACAGCAAGUUAUAUUUAACAACUUGUAGUAUACAAAAUGUUUAUACUACAAUCAUAACUUUAUUAAAAAAGAAAAUGACUGUAGCACUUUGACUUUAUUUCCCAGUAUAACUUGCUUAAAGUGUACCACAUUUUUUUAUAUUUUAGUGUUUUCUUGUUGCCUUUGUUUGCACCCCCUAACCCAUACAUAUAAAUUAAUAAAAUGAAUGUCUCGAUA